UCUUCCAGGAUCGGGGGCCUUAGGUAUAGGUAGGGGUAUACACCUUGACUGGCACAUAUAUGCAAAGAAGCAAAUCUACACCCCUGCUCCUGUGCAAGCCUUCGCCUUUGCCUCUGCUCCCCGCCCUCCUGAAAGUAGUUUCCUGGCACAACCCAAGUUGGGACAAGGAAGGGGCGGGGGACCCGAGAUGACUGUCGUUGGUAACCCCUGCCUGAAUCACAGCCCAGUGGACUGGCCAAAAGCCAGCUUCAGUCUGGACCAGGCUGAGCAGGUACAGCUGUUCUGGGAGCCUGACCAAGAUUGGGCUAGAGUCAACAGGGGAACCCGUGCCCUUCUGGUGUUGGGGAAGCCGGGCCGAACCUGUGGGCCCCGCCUCCAAGCGCAUCCGGCCCCUUCCCCCUGGCAGGUGCAUCCUCCCCGGGUGCCGCUUCCUGCCUGUGGCCAGGGUGAUGUUGAGCCGAGCUCAGUGUCGAUGGGUCCCAGGGUAAGGCAUGGUGUAAGAAAAGACAGAAGGGAUUCUCACAGUCUCGAGUCAGGCCAGGGGCAGGAGAAAGGCCUCGAAACUCCUGGGCAGGAAGGCAAAGUCCGCUUGUGUCCCUCCCCCGUCCCCCAGGCAGCUUCGGUCAACAGUCCCCAGCUCGCUUAUCUCCCGCCGCCGCUGUUUGCCUUCGGGGAGGCCCACUGCAAGGCUGGGGGAUGGGAACAAGAUGCCUGCCGGGAGCCCAGAGCAGGCGGCGGCGGCUCUGAGAGCAGAAGCCAGGAGAGCCACUCCACACCCACUCGGGAGAAAGAAACCGUAGCAACUGCGGAGGAUGGGAAAUACGCCGUCCUGGGGUGGGGGAGGUAGCACCCUCCAUUCCAAGAGCUCCUGAACCCUUCGCCAGAAUAGGACAAGUAAGCCUCGCCAGUACCUGAGACCCCUUCCUCUGAGAGCCAGAACUGGAGUGUUAUGUCACGCUUCUCCCAUUCAAUUCAAUGUAAUAAACAUUUAUUA